AUGGACUUCCGCUUCUACGUGUUGACAAGUCUCCUGUUGUACACCUGCUCGGCUUCAAGGCCGAACGUUGUGCUUCUUUUCGCAGAUGAUUUAGGUUUCGGAGACUUGGGCUGCUAUGGACACCCCAGCUCACUCACUCCGAACCUGGACCGCCUGGCAGCGGGAGGUCUCCGGUUCACAGAGUUCUACUGCAGCAGUCCCGUCUGCAGCCCGUCCAGGGCAUCGUUGUUGACGGGGCGCUAUCAGACCCGCUCAGGUAUCUACCCAGGAGUGUUGUACCCAGGCUCUAGAGGCGGUCUUCCUCUAAAUGAGACCACCAUUGCUGAAGUGUUGAAACCUCUGGACUAUGCUACCGCUGCCAUGGGGAAGUGGCACUUAGGAGUUGGGGCCAAUGGGAUGUUUCUUCCAACCAGGCAGGGGUUCGACCAUUACCUGGGGAUCCCCUACUCCCACGACAUGGGACCCUGUCACAACCUGACUUGUUUCCCUCCAGAUGUUAAGUGUUUUGGAUUGUGUGAUGUUGGCACUGUGACUGUCCCACUAAUGCACAAUGAGGUCAUCAUGCAGCAGCCAGUCAACUUCCUCGAUCUGGAAAGGGCUUACAGUGAUUUUGCAACCGGUUUCAUCUCUGAGUCAGCCAAGAAAAAACAACCGUUCUUCCUCUACUAUCCUUCCCAUCACACCCACUACCCUCAGUAUGCAGGUCCAGGGGCAGCCGGGCGCUCUCUAAGGGGCCCGUUUGGAGAUGCUCUUUUGGAGUUUGACAACACGAUAGGAAACCUUAUGAGAACUCUGGAGAAGACGGGAGUGAUCAACAACACACUGGUGUUCUUCACUUCAGACAAUGGGCCUGAACUGAUGCGUAUGUCUCGGGGAGGGAACUCUGGCCCUCUGAAAUGUGGAAAAGGCACCACUUAUGAGGGGGGUAUGAGAGAGCCGGCCAUCGCUUUCUGGCCAGGGACCAUCAUGCCAGGCGUGACCCAUGAGAUGGCCAGCACUCUAGAUAUCCUCCCCACCAUUGCAAGUCUGACAGGAGCCAAACUACCCCAGGUGAUGCUGGAUGGGGUCGAUAUGACAGACAUCCUUGUCAACCAAGGAAAGAGUAAAAGGGAGGCGAUGAUGUUCUACCCAACUGAUCCCAGUGAGAAGUAUGGCCUGUUUGCUCUCAGGCUGGGGAAGUACAAGGCCCACUUCUAUACACGAGGUGCUACCCACAGCGGCACUACCCCGGACCAAGACUGCUCAGUAUUUGCAGUCCUCAAGGCCCACAACCCCCCUCUUAUUUUUGACCUGGAGGCUGACCCUUCAGAGCACUACCCUCUCCCCCUGAUGGGAAAACCCGACCUCCAAGCCGUAUUGGAAAGGAUCAUGAAAGUCAAGGUGCAGUUUGAAGCCUCCAUGCUGUUUGGAGAGAGCCAGAUAUCAAAAGGAUCCGACACAAACCUGGAGCCUUGCUGCAAUCCUCAGUGUAGCCCCAAGCCCAGCUGCUGCAAGUGUUGAUGUGGAGCAGACUGGAGUACUGCCCUGAUUAUUGCCUCAAGGUUGUUCUUGUAAUUAUCUGAUGAUGUAUUGUUAGUGAACAGCUGCAAUAUAAUUGCAUAAUUACAGUUUGUACUGAAAAAUAACAUUGCAAAAAAUCAUUUUCCUCUAUGAAUAGAUGAUUUUUUAAAUAUUUAUAUUGACUACAUUGAGAACUAAAGUAUACCAAUGUACUGUUUAUUUCCAGACUAUUUGAAGACAUGUUUAAUUCCUUACAUCUUUUCACCUCAACAUUCUUUGUAAUCAUAACAUUUUGAAUAGAUGUAUGGAUUUUAUGUGAAAUGCUUUGCAAUCCCACAAAGAAAAAGUGUGAUCUGAACAAUAACGACAACAAAAAAGAUUUCGGACAUCAAGCAUAUAUUUUAUUCAUAAGACCAAACCCAUAAGGCAGAAUGAUUCUUUUGUCAUUUUUUUCUGCAUGUUUCCCUGGAAUUUUUAUUAAUUUUACAAGUCCUUGUUUUUAAAGAUACAAGAUAGGAUAUGUUUGUUCUGUCACAUAAUGUUUGCUCUAGGUAUACAGUGAAGCAUCUUGUUAAUGUAUUGAAGUCAAAAGUUUGGUUUAACUGUUAAUGCAUGUCUGAGCGGCUAUAUGGGACUAGAUCAUCCUCAGAGGUUGUUUUUGUUUAGCUGUGUGGAAAGAAGGUGUUUAACUGGGCUGUGAUGAGAUAGAAAAACAUAAUCAGAAGCAAAUAGACACAGAUCUGUAAGAGGAGCUUAAAGGUGAUUACUAUAAUCGGCAAUACGCAAUAACAGUUUUCAAGUGGCAGCUGACUCGGUCACUACUCAUCUCUAACCAGGUCAGUCGUCUGGUGGGUGUAUGUCACACUUAUGAUGUCACAUCUCACAAACGUGCCCUAAAUGUGCUGCUAAAGCCUAUCUGCAGAGAAUUAUGAAGUUGGCAGGCAAUAAUCCAAAUUACACCUGUUUCCCAGAUUCUGAGUUAACAUCUAAAACAUAAGACACUGAAAUUAAAUUAUUGCAGAUCAGA